AUGAUAUAUUCGUCAAAUUCAACCAUUCACACAAGUUACGAAACACCAACAACAGCAUCGACAAAUAUUACAUUAAAUAUUGAUGAUUUAACGGACAUUAGUGAAGAUGAAGAACCUCAAAUAUUAAUGCCACAAUUUG